AUGUCAUGCUUGGUGUGCGAGAUGACGGCCAGCGGACAGCACUUUGGAGUGAGGUGCUGCCGUGCCUGUGCCGCAUUUUUUCGUAGGACGCUCAACAUGAGUCUUCGCUACAAAUGCCGUUUUGAGCGCAAGUGCGAAGUUACCCUGAGUGAGUUUUUUUUAGAAAAUAAUAAAGCUGAAGAUCUUUUUGAAAUCAAAAGCGUCACAAGUUUUGCUUCUAGACAUAAUUUUACUCCUUUCAACGCUUGCUGUAGGCGGAAUCGACUAAAAAUACUUUUCUGAGGCUUUUCAUAUUUUUUUUUGCCACUGUGAGAGAAUCUACAUUUUUUAUCUUGAGACAUAAUUCCAAGCAAAUCAUUUAUAUAUUUAUAUGUUGAAUUUUUUCAGACAAACGGUACUCGUGCAGGUUUUGUAGAUUUGAAAAGUGUCAGAAGCUUGGAAUGAAACGAGAAAGUGAGUCUUUUUUAUCGACUCUCAAAGUUUUCAUUUGUUUUUUUAUCGUAUCGGCAAUUUCCUGCAGAAAAAAGAGUGUUUCAGAUCCUGGACCGACAAAAAUUUAAAAUUUUUUUUUUCAGUGGUACAAAUAGGCAAGAGGACAGAAGUAAAAAUGGAGCAUGAAGAAGUUGACGUCAACAACGACAGUGCUGGAGAAUCUCCUUCGUCGUCUGUGGACUCUGUACAUUUGAAUCCUGGAGUGACAUCUGCAGCUCCAAGCACCAAUGCAACUUUUAAUUAUGAAAAAAGACGAUCUGAAACGAAUCAACCAAACAUUUCCCUGCUCCACCGCUCCGUCAUCGAAGAGGUUUUGAUGAUUUUCUUUAAUUUGGAAAUAUGAACAAGGUUAGGGACCGCAGGCCAAUUUCCAAAGUCAGUGAUAUAAAGUUGAAACCUAUAUGAAAAGAAAGAUGAUGGCAAUCGAUAGCUAACUGCGAAAACAGAAAAGAAAAAUAUGAAAAAUGAAAAAAAGUUAUAAGCAAAAAAAGUGGCGAAAUCGGGGGAACCACUUUUUGUGUAGAAACUUUCGUCAGGGUCGCAGGAAAAAGGGGCGUGUUUAUAGAUGCCGCGCGCUCCUUACUGUGCGUUAACUCACGCAGGAGACGUUUCGAAAAACAUAUUUAUUUGAGUUUUUUUAGAAGUUUUUAAAUGAAAUAUUAGAGUUUUCAUAUUGAAUAUUGCUCUUUUUUUCAAUAUCAGCCUACUCUUCAAGCACUCACGCUGCUGAAAAAGCGAGUUUUGAAGAAGGUUUCAAUGCAUUUGGUAAAAAAAGAAAAUAACCGACAAAAUAGACCUUUGCGAAGGACGAACAGCAUUAAACCGAAUUGAAAAAUGUAACAGUCUACUAAGAAAUUUACUGAAAAAAAUAUGUAAAUAAUCACCAAGUCCUUUUUUUCAGAGAGUUUUUUUAAAAAGGCGAAAGCGUUUUUUUACUUUUUGAUUUUCUACUUCUUUUUAUUUUUUUUCUCUAAAGUUUGUGCGUCUACAUGGAGUGUACGUAGACAAUUUUUUUAGAAUUCUUUACUUGACAUUCUGAAAAAAAUUCAAAAAAAGUUGAGUAAAAGCGAAAUUUAAUACUUUUUCUCGCUGCUACAAUGGAUAUAAUGAUAUAGGAAAAAAAGAUUCCAAUUGUGUAAUGAGUAAAAAGCAACUGUUAAGCCACAAUAAAAUGAGAAAACUUGAAUAGAAUACAUAAAUAGUUUAAAAAAAACCUUCCUCACACUUUCGAAAAAUUUCGUGGCCUUCGCGGUGUCUGCAGAUUUCCAGCGACGCGCAGUUUUAAAAAUAACUUUCGAGCGUUUAAAUUAACCAUACUUUUCGGGCCAUCCUAGGAAUUUUUUUAUUUUUUGAUAUGUUGUAGAGAAAUGUCUAAUGUUUGAUAUUAUGAAAUAAAAAAACUUGCCCAGAACGCUUUGGGCCGUUUUUCAAAGCGUUACGAAAAAAACCGAAAUUUUAAGCUUUCAUAUAAACUAUAUAAUCGAUGAAAAAAACUUAGUUUUUCUUUUUUUGCAAACAACUGCAAACAACCGUUUAAAAAAAUAUAAUCAGUAAUUAUCGAUUGCGUUUUUUUCGAAAAAUAAGGAAUUUCGAAAAAUCGUGAUUUUUCAAAUUGCGUUAUUUUUUUGAGGCCAACCAUAGAAAUUUUUUUAUUUUUUUGCCAGAAUAUGCGUUUUUAGUUGCUUUAUGAUAUUCAAGAAUAAAAAAAGUUGCCCAGAAACUUUCAAGAAAAAACGGGAUUUUUAUCCGUUUUCGGCCACAAAUGCGUUUUAAAAAAACUGUCGUCGUACAUUCUUAUUUCUCAUUUUUUUCAGUAUUUUUCUUUUUAUGUAGGAUUGUUAAGCUUAGCCGAUUAAAUGUUUCCCCAAUUUUUUUCCCAAAUCGGUACAAGAAAAACUGUUUUAAAAAUAUAAAAAGAACCAAAAAUGCAACGAAAAAUGAUGAAGUUUUUUUGAACAGCGAAGUGGGCGUGGCUCUGCGGUCCCUAAACAAGGUCUUUGAAAAAUUCGUAAUACAUCAGAAGUUGCCAUUUUUGGUCCUAAAACUCUCUCUUCAUGUCUAUUAUCGGUUUUCAAAAAAAAAAUCCUCACACAUGUUUUUUUAAGCAUCAAAUUCAAAGACAUCAUUGGAACGUCGGUUCAGAAAAAGUACACCAUCUCGAUAACCUUCAAUUGAUAAAUAAAAAAGUUUUCGAGCCAGUUAUCGAAAAAAGUGCGUUUGGAAUGUGAAAAAACAAGAUAGAAACAAAAAAUCUAGAGGUAGCUGGAAAGCUUGAAAAAAAUGUGAGAAAAAAAGAACUUGCCUCAGCUGGACUGGAUACUCUUAACACAAAAUGAAGAAAAAGACUCCAACCUGGAUCAGUUUUUUUGAGAAAAAGUUUAAUUUUUUUGUAGUCUCCAGAGUUUGUUAAAUUUUUGAAAUAAAAAACUUUUUUUUAUUUUCUCGAAAAAUUUGAAAACAAGUCACCUUCUUUUUUUAGGUUGGAAAAGCCGUCUUACCUUCAGUUAAACGAGAAGCGGAGUGUGGAAGCGAUUCUGAAGCUUCCCAAAGUACCAUUUUUGCCUUGGCUGCUGCUCAGGCGACGCAAGAUCUCCAUACGAACGUUCAGCAAAUUUUAACGCCAGCCAUAGAUGCGAUGUUCGACAAAGUGAGUACGCUUUAUUUAAUGAAAAUGGCCUUUUAUUACUUAGAGAACAUUUCAGAACCCCGACGAAAUUUGUUCGUUUCCUGCUAUUCCACUAACAAUCUGUCAACAGGCGUUAUUAGCUUAUCACGAACACAACCGACAAUGGCCUUCUCAGGACAAUGUAAGAUCGUAUUUCUGAAAUAUUCAUUUUUCAAUUUGUAAAAAAGAGGGUCAGGAAUUAGUUACAUACAGGCUGCUUUAGAACGUUGAACACUAUCCUUUUCAGCUCAAAAGUUCGAAUGAAAAGAAGCUUUUCAGUUGCGUGAAACGAAAUCCCUAGACAUGGAAGUGUUCAUGCGCCACCACUACAUAGAAAUCGAGCACAUCGCCAGAUUUUGCAUGUCCAUUCGAACUUUUGCCCAACUGCCUAAGGAUCAGAAGGUUUAAGAUUUGAAAGACUUUUGUAAUCACCAUAUUCCAGUGGAUCAUUUUCAAGCACUUUUGGACGCGAUUUUACGAGCUCGAUCGGAGUUUUGCCACUUGUCAACGUCUUGGAUACAACAUCGAAGACGAAAGAUGCGUCUGUUUUGACGGCCUUAUCGUGAACAUGGGCAUCAGCAUUGUGAAUAUCGAAACUUUCAGUGACAUGGAUGCUAACGAAGUCAAAAGGUUCAAAAGACCGUGAAAAAAAGGUUAGGGAGGUUUGCAGCUUCAUGAAAGGAACACACGAGAAAUUCCGGUUGAUUUUCAUCAAUCCCUUCAAGAAACUCCGUCCGUCGGAGUUCGAACUAGUCUACAUGAUGAUGAGCAUCAUGUGGAGCGUGGGAAGUGAGUUCAAACACGGAGAAGUUAUAUCUAAUCCGAGUAAACUUUAGUUUCCACUCAGCCAGACAUAACCGACGAAACCCGUGCAAUUGCGAAAAAAGUAGAAAACAGGCUGGCGGAAGAUCUACACAACUAUUAUGCGGAGCAACAGGAUCAAUCGAAGCCCAACUACGCCAGCAGGAUAACCAAGCUCAGUAGCAUCGCUUCCGCCGUGAAUGUGAGUGAUUUUUCAAACCAAAAAAUCUUUGAAAAAUUCCCAGGAAGUGAACGAGCGGCGACGGGAGGACAGUCAAGUAUCGAAAACAUUUAACAUUUUCAAAAGCGACAUAUUUUUCAGUGAUAUUUCUGUUUGA